AUCGCCUAGCGGCGGGAGGCGGAGGCGACCUUCGCGACCGAGCAGACAUGGCCGAGUACACGCGGCUGCGGAACUGCUUGGCGCUGAUCCGCCUCCGAAACCCGCCGGUCAACGCCAUCAGUACGGCUGUACUCCAUGGAAUACGAGAGGGACUGCAGAAAGCUGUAACAGACCAUACAGUAAAAGCCAUUGUGAUUUGUGGAGCGGAUGGCAAAUUCUCUGCAGGUGCUGAUAUCCACAGCUUCGGGACACCUAGAAUGUCUGACUUCGUACUGGGACAUGUAGUAGAUGAAAUACAGAGAAAUGAGAAGCCCGUGGUGGCAGCUAUUCAAGGCCUGGCUUUAGGAGGGGGACUGGAGCUGGCCCUGGGCUGUCACUAUAGGAUUGCCCACGCAGAGGCUCAAAUUGGCUUCCCAGAAGUCACAUUAGGAAUCCUUCCUGGUGCAAGAGGAACCCAGCUUCUCCCCAGACUCAUUGGAGUUCCUGCUGCACUUGACUUAAUUACCUCAGGUCAGUACAAACCCUGCCAACAAGCGUCUAGAGCAAUGGAAUGUGAACAAUGCAACACUAGAAAACAUUUAGACACCCUAGAUUUACCAAAUACCAUAAGACUUAUAAAGAGAUUUCCAGUAGAGUUCCCAAUAUCAUUGAAUCAUUCUUUUUCUUCUUCACUCUUAUCUGCAGGCUUGGGAACAAUGGGCCGGGGCAUUGUCAUUUCUCUUGCGAAGGCCAAGAUCCCCGUGAUUGCUAUGGACUCAGACAAGAAGCAGCUAGAGACUGCCGAUAAGAUAAUAACCUCCCUCCUGGAAAAGGAAGCAUCCAAAAUGCAGCAUAACAGCCACCCUUGGUUAGGACCAAAACCCAGGUUAACUGCAUCUAUGAAGGAGCUUGGUGGUGUGGAUUUAGUCAUUGAAGCAGUAUUUGAGGAAAUUAACCUGAAGAAGCAGGUCUUUGCUGAACUGUCAGCUGUGUGCAAGCCAGAAGCUUUUCUGUGCACCAAUACUUCAGCCUUGGACAUUGAUGAGAUUGCUUCUUCCACUCAUCGCCCUCACUUGGUCAUUGGCACUCACUUCUUCUCACCAGCUCAUGUGAUGAAGUUGUUAGAGAUUAUUCCCAGCCAGUACUCUUCCCCCACUACCAUUGCCACAGUUAUGAAUUUAGCAAAAAAGAUUAAAAAAAUUGGAGUAGUUGUAGGUAACUGUUUUGGAUUUGUUGGCAAUCGAAUGUUGAAGCCUUAUUACAAUCAGACGUAUUUCUUGUUAGAAGAAGGCAGUAAGCCAGAGGAGAUUGAUCAGGUGCUGGAAGAGUUUGGUUUCAAAAUGGGACCUUUUAGAGUGUCAGAUCUUGCUGGAUUGGAUGUGGGUUGGAAAUCUCGACAAGGGCAAGGUCUUACUGGACCUAUGUUGCCUUUAGGAACUCCUGCCCGAAAGCGAGUCAAUGGGAGAUAUUGCCCAAUUCCUGAUAUGCUCUGUGAAUCAGGACGAUUUGGCCAGAAGACAGGUAAGGGUUGGUACCAAUAUGAUAAGCCAUUGGGUAGGAUUCACAAACCUGACCCCUGGCUUUCUGAAUUUCUGUCACAGUACAGAGAAACGUAUCACAUUGAGGCACGUAUCAUUAGCCAGGAUGAGAUCCUUGAGCGCUGCUUAUAUUCACUCAUCAAUGAAGCAUUCCGUAUCUUGGGAGAAGGGAUGGCUGGUACUCCAGAGCACAUCGACGUUGUCUAUUUACACGGGUAUGGAUGGCCAAGGCACAGGGGUGGGCCCAUGUUCUACGCCUCCACAGUUGGGUUGCCCACAGUGCUAGAGAAGUUGCAAAAAUAUUACAGGCAGAAUCCUGAUAUUCCACAACUAGAGCCUUGUGACUACCUGAAAAAAUUGGCUUCCCUGGGCAACCCUCCUCUGAAAGAAUGGCAAAGCUUAGCAGGACCCCCUAACAGUAGAUUAUGAUUCAGCCUUCCAGGUUAUGCCUCAUGGAAUUUCAUUGAUAUUAAAUCCAAAGAUCCAAAAUAAGAUUGCUCUGAAAUACAAAGCAGAAGAAAUAAGUGGUCGGCUAAACCUUCUCUUUGGGUCUUCUGUCUGAUUAUUCUAAUGGGUCAAAUCUUUAGGAAUGUGCUUCCUAUGCCUCUGAGUCUGUCUUUAUCAGAUAAAUCAUUUUGAUCCCAGUGAAUAAACUUGUAUUAAUACCGUAAUAGCUAAGGAGAGAGACUCAGGAUUAAGUUGAGGUUUCCAAGUGCUUUGAUCAUUGGAGAUGUCAACAAUUAAUCACUGAUAAAUGCCACUAAGCCACAAAUUCAUUCUGACCCCUUUCCACCUCACACACACGGCCCUGAUAGGAAAUCUUAUGGGUCCUCUACUCAACAAACAUUCACUGUGCACCUCCUGAGCAUUUUGCCCAGCACUUGGCAAACCCAGAGUCCAGAGGGGCAUUAAUUCAGUGGGGAAAGCUGUGAUGAAGCUUAGGCCAUAGUCUCAGAGGUGGAGUGGAGAUAGUUGGCAGGGUCGAGUCAGCAGGGAGGGUCUCUGUGAGUAUGGAACAUCACCCACGAGGAGGCGGAAGGAGUAACCAGAAAGAAAGGCAGGGUGUCAAAGGUAUAACAGUGCUAAUGUUAUAGGCAGAACCCAGGUGGGAAGUAGUGAGGGCGUCAAGUGCUUCAGACUAGAAUGGGGAACUCAGAGAAGCUUGGCAGCUCAUACUUGGCGUAUGACUUCUGUCCACAGAGCGGUUACAUAUGCACAGUCGUGCUUGCUGCUUGCAAGGGGCUCAGUAAUGUUUGUUGAUAACUUCCUGGGGACCAGGUGAUGUCUAUCAUUCUUUUCUAUGCAUGGAGAAGUAACAGAAAGUAGCAAUUGUUGACUUCAUGUAGGAAGGGAUCUUAUCUUAGAAAACAUGUCUAACCUCCUCUGAUUCUAUGAUAGAGUCAUGAUGCCAGUCUCUCUGUCAUGAUGAGCCUCUGUGAUGCUGGGUAUGGAAAUUGUUGAAUCUUGGAAAGUCUGAAAUUACUGCAAAACAGAUUCUGUAUAGUUUUGUUAUAAGAGUUCUUCUCUUUUUACUUUUUUGUGGGGUUAAAAGUUGAGGGGCUGGUCAACACAAAAACUGGUACACAAGUGUUUAUAGCAGUAUUAUUCAUAAUAGCCCCAAAUUGGAAACAACCUAAAGCUCCAUCAACAGAUGAAUGGAUAAACAAAGUGUGGAAUAGUCAUAGGGUAGAAUAUUUGGCCAUAGAACGAAAUAAAGUAAGCAUAGAUACAUGCUAUGACAUGACGAGCCUUCAAAAUACUAUGCUAAAUCAAAGACGCCAAUCACAAAAGGCCAUAUGUUGUAUGGACAUUUAUGUGAAAUAAAAUAGGCAAAUCUAUAAAGACAGAAAGCAGAUCAGAGGAUGCCUAAGGCUGGAAUCAUUAGGAGCUAGGGAAUGGGGAGGGACCUAAUGAGGACAGGUUUCUUUUUGGGUUGAUGAAAAUGUUCUGAAAUUAUUGUGGUGAUGGUUACAUAACUCCGUGAAUCUACUAAAAACCAUUGAGUUGUGUAAUUUUAAAUGGGUGAAUUGUAUGGUAUGUGAAUUAUAACUCAGAAUUGUCAAUAAAUAAGUAAAUAAACAAAUGGGCUCAACUUGUCCUCCAGUGUGAUGUAAAUGAACUAUUUUCACUGUAUUUUCACCUGUGAAUCCAAGCAAAAUUAGCAAAAGUUCUGAUAGAGGAAUCUUGAAUGAAUAUAGUAUAAGUUUUCCAUUAUCAAAAACAAAAACAAACAAAAACUCUAGAGAGUGCCUUGAAUUGUAGUUUAAUUUAGAAUCAUUUUUAAAUUGUGUAUUGCUGGAUUUUAUAUAAAUUGGUCCUUUAAAUUAAAGAAAA